CUGACUUUAAUGACCACUUUCUCUGCUCUGUCUGCUCAGCCGCGGUUUACUCUAUUCAGCGUAAGAUUUUCGUAGGUUUCUUUCUUCUGUCUCAAUCUCAACGCUUUCGAUUGGAGCACCACCAAUGCCGAUAAUUUUUUAGCCUGCUGAUUUCCAUUUGCGCUGGGAGCGCGAGGAAAUACGCUACACAACUAGGUUAUAACGAACAAGCCGCCCAGUACAGGAAUUAUAGGGCGACUACCCAAGUGUCAGGAAUACGGGCUACAUUUGCUGAUGGAAUAACCGGACCAACUGCAGCCACAAGCCUAACAGUGGAGCCAAAACCGGGAGGGGAGAAAUAACAGUUUCAAUUCCCUGACGGUUAUUUCUCAAAGGAGAAAUCUGACCACUUCUAAUUGUGGAAAACUGCUUUGUGACCGUUACACAUGCUUUUGUUUUGCGCGGUAUGGGUGUAAGGACCGUAUUUUAAAGAUACCCAGCAGAUACCAGGCAGUCACAAUACAACAUAUCAAACUCCGUCCAACCGGGCGCUGGUGGUAUAUGGCUGCAUGCCUUAUCAGAACAUAUAUUUUUGUCGUUUCUUUGGACGUAUUUUGAGAUUAUUUUAAACAGUUUUGGAUACUUUGUUUUUGCGUUGCAUGUGAAUUGAAAGGAGCCUGGAAUUGGUCUUUAUAUGACUUUUCUAUCCUAUAUGAAGGAGUUGGAUAGCGGAACGAGAGGAGCGCGACACAAACAAACAACGGGGACUCAACACUAUUCAUAUUGAGAUAAUUUCGUUGUGAUUUUAGUAGACAUUAUUAACUCAUAUUUCAGUAUAUGCCUUAAAUCCAUUUUAUAGUUCGUAUUAAAUAGUUAUUAAUGUAACGUUUUGUUUUGGACAUUUUUCCAUACGGGGGUCGUUCAUAUUGUGAAACUGGAGGGGUUAACACAACUGUUAGGGUUCCAGUCAAGCAGUGACAUAAAUUAACUAAACAUUAUCACCCAAGUCUGCCCGCGACCAUUCGGUGACUCACGUGCCAGCCUCGGUGAUGGUCGGAAUAGAGAUCUAACAGGACAGCAACCCUGCUGAUGCGACCAGGUACAUUUCAAAAAUCUGUGAAGGCUGUUGAUGGAGAGGAUUUCGAAUGACAGCCGGGACAGUGGUCAUCACAGGCGGUAUUUUAGCUACAGUUAUCUUACUGUGCAUCAUCGCAGUACUGUGUUACUGUAGACUGCAGUAUUAUUGCUGUAAGAAGGAGGAGUUGGAGUCGGAGGAGGAGGAGCCCGACUUUGCAGUGACGUCCCGCCUCCCGCCAGUCCACUCCAACCAUAACAUCGUGGCGGCGUCGGUCGCCGCCUCCACCCCUAACGGCCCCGCCCUCUUCACACCGCCUUUAGCGCGGAAACUAACGCGCUCGCAGACAUUUUGCCCUUCGUGCACACACCAUGAUGUGCCCUUCUACCUGCAGCAUCCGGACGGCCUGCGGAACGGCGGCGACCGCAUCAGCUACCGUAGCAUCCAACAGCAUGACCUGGAACUGCCCUUAGAAAUGCCCAGCUACCACAAACUGAACCUGACCCGGUCAGUCACCAUGAGGGACAUGUUCAACCGCAGCUGCAGCAUCAGCACUGACGUCUAGUGGUAUCGGCGACACCCCGUGGCAUGGAGGGCUCAUGGAAACAGAUAGAUAAAUACAAUGGGGACAGAGAGUGGGACUGCAGCUCAACAACCACAGCUCCAUGUCCCUCGGUCUUAUGCUGAGAUAUAACCGCACGUUAACUGGUGAAAAUAUAAGCAUUAAAACAAUCCAUCCUCUCCUCAUCCGCUUGGUCUGUGGUGAGUAGGAUGUUGACCCUCAAAUAAAACAGUUUCUACUCUGUCUGGACUCCUAAACGGUCUAAAUAAACCACCCUCCGAUCUAACUAAACCACCCUCCGAUCUAACUAAAUCACCCUCCAGUCUAACUAAACCACCCUCUGGUCUAACGAAACCACCCUCCGAUCUAACUAAAUCACCCUCCGGUCUAACUAAACCACCCUCCGGUCUAACAAAAUCCCCUCCGGUCUAAUACCACCACAUCAACUCUACCUUUGAAUAAUAAAUACCAGACUUUCUGUAGUUGCUGCUAAAUAAACCAAGAAACCAUGGUGAUAAGGAUAAAUAAGAGGGCUAUGGAGCCUCCUCCCACUACUGCCACUCUCCACCAAUCCCCAGCCUGAUCACCAGAAAGGGGACGAAGCAGAUCAUAUCCGAAGUUAUGGUCCAAGUGAUAGAGUAUGCCAUCCAUCACAUCAUGGUUUGGAAUUGGAGGAGUGAUGGACGAGAGGGGAGCAACAUGUUAUAGACCAUAAAAACAUAGGAAAUAAAGGGCUUCUGGUGGAUUAUGGGGAAUGGAUUACUUUGCUCUUUUUCCACAUGAUCUUUGAGAGAGAGAGAGAGAGAGACAGAGACAGAGAGACACAUAGACAGAACAUUAGAGACUAGCUGCUUCUUAAGGAGGACCAACCAGGGUGAUGGCUCGAUCUUGUCUUGUACAAACAGCUGCAGAUGAUGAUUCUGUUCUUAAUGUCAGUGUGUUAUGAGGGUGAGACGUGUGUCCCCCUAGUGUGUGUCUUACAUACCAACGAAGUGAUGUAUAAAAAUCAUUCUAGCCAGCGUUGUACACGACAUGUUACCCUACUUUUCAGACUAACUGGACUGCAAUAACAGUAAAAGGACAUUGAAGUGUGGGCUUUUAAGUUAUCUUAUUUAUUAAUGUGCCAAUUGACCAAACAGUGUGUAGGUUUGGCCGAACUCGUUGGGAGAAACAAGCUAAGAGGUUUUUGAAAAGUUGUUUUCCCUUUUGUAGGUUUUACUUCAGUCGUUACUGUAUACGGUCUAUUCUAAUUAGGUCUGAUGAGAAAACACACCGAUGACAAAAACUAAAUUAACAACCUUCAUAUUUUAUACACUUUAGCUUUACAAUGUAAUUUAUGGUAAUCUUGUUCACUGGAGUUUCAAAUCGUGGUCUUUUCACCUGAUUCCUUGUGUCUAAAAUCUGAGAUCCACGGGCUAAUAAAGCUAAACAAUAUUCUGUGGCUUUUCUUCAUUCAAUUGGUUUGGACUUGGCCUAGCUCCCUCUACACACCUUGCUGGACUAAGAGGAUGUACUAACUACUAACUCUGCACUCGAUUGAGCGGCCUGGAAGAGUCUGGUCGUUCUUUCUGGGUUCUGCUAGCAGCACUGGAGGAGAGAAGGCAUCAGCUGGGCUGUGUGUACAGUAUAGUCAGGAUGGGGAUGGAGAGACUCUGUGGUUGUGUUUUCAUGCCCACAGGGCACUCUUUCAAUCAGAUUAUUUACUGCUAAGAUUAAAUCGGAGGGAAUGUGCAGUGGGGGCUGGAAUUUGAUUGUUAUUGUCAUUGGAUGCAUUGCCUCUGUUCUCUCGUUUAUUUGACCACCCCUGGUUUACCAGCAAACACUGUUGUUUUCUUUGGUUCGUUUAUUCCACCCCUGGUUUACCAG